CCGUUGCCUUUCUCAAUCAAAAAAUGGCGAAUCGUGGCGGUACCUCUAGACGCGUUCCUGAAAAUGAAGCUGCUAUCACAUAUGUGCAGUGCGAUGGAUUGGCGGUGAUGAAAAUAGUGAAACAUUGCCACGAGGAGUCAUGUAGCAACAUGGAGGUGGCCCAAGGGGCCCUGUUGGGGCUGGUUGUGGAAAACAGGCUGGAGAUCACCAACUGCUUCCCAUUCCCCAAGCAUGAUGAUACAAUGGAUGAGGAGGAAUACCAGCUGGAUAUGAUGCGUAGACUCCGCAGGGUCAAUGUUGAUCACUUUCAUGUUGGAUGGUAUCAAAGUGCCGAUGUUGGUAAUUUUCUGAGCCAGUCUCUGUUAGAGUCACAAUAUCAUUAUCAGACAUCAAUUGAGGAGAGUGUCGUAGUUAUCUAUGACACAAAGAAAUCAGCUCGAGGCUUCUUGACACUGAAGGCAUAUAGAUUAACUCCGCAGGCAAUAGCCAUGUAUAAAGAUGGUGAUUAUACUCCAGAUGCACUCCGUAAUCUGAAGAUUGGCUACGAGAGCUUGUUCGUAGAAGUGCCAAUUGUCAUUCGCAAUUCGCCGUUGACUAAUAUCAUGAUGUCGGAGCUGUCGGAGAUGAUACCGGAGGAGGAGGGCUCAAAGUUCCUGGAUUUAGGCACCGCAUCAGUGCUUGAGGGACAACUUCGUAGUUUAAUGGAACGCGUCGAUGAAUUAAAUCAGGAAGCAAUCAAAUUCAACCGCUACCAGCAGUUGGUUGUCAGACAACAGCAAGACAAGCACCGGUGGUUGCUCAAGAGGGCUCAGGAGAACUCUGCUCGUGCCGCUAAAGAUGAGCCUCCGCUACCCGAAGAGGAUGUGAAUAAGCUAUUCAAGCCGCACCCCGUCCCGUCUCGGCUGAACCCAAUGAUUGUAGCGGGACAGAUUAAUACAUACAGUCAACAUAUAAGCCAAUUCUGUUCGCAGAGCUUGGCCAAGCUGUAUUUGACGCAAGCGCUGCAAAAUGCGAAAGAAGCUAAGCAGAAUAAUUAAUUUUGUAUCUGGCAAUUAAAGUAAUCGAGGAA